GAGUUGGGAAGGGGUGGGGCGGCAUGGCCGCGCUGCCGCCGGGCUGCGGCUAGGGGCGGGGAGGCGGGCAGGAACGGAGCCGGAGCCCCCGGGCAGGACUCGGUGCUCCCAUCCCUGCCCUCCACCCGGCUGAGCUGGAGCCCUUGGCGCUGCGCUUCAUAGCCUGGCACCUUAAUGGAAGCAGAAGUUGAUGGUGGCCCGAGUUGGAGCCUAAACUGAGGGCUUUAGCAUUUAAGGAGUAUAAUGCUUUAGUGUGAUUCUUAAGUGUAGUCUGACAUACUUUGACAGAAAGAAGUUCUGUCAGGAAAAGAUAUUUGUGGGGUUAAAAGAGUUGAACUGCAGCUGAACAAAACAAGGACUGAAAAUUGAAGGAUGGCAGCAAAUCCUUCAGGACAAGCAAGGCCACAGCAUACCUUACGUGCUACUAAAUUAAAGACUUCGACAAGGUCUGCUUCUACCCUGGUGGUUGUUUAUCCUUUUGGCCUAAAGCUGCCUUGAACGGGUCAUUUUGUGUUGGACCUCUUGUGUCUGCAAGGCAGAGAAGAAUAUUAGUGAACUGCGAUAUUCGUGAACUGUUUGAACUCAAAAUAGUACUGCAACUUGGCCAAGUUAAGUUUGAACUUGAAGCUUUAUUAAGAAGCUGCUAUGUUUGAAAAUCUACGCUUCCUUUCACAGGUUUCCAGAAUAAAAAUAGGGUUGCAAUCCUGGCAGAACUAGACAAGGAGAAGAGAAAGUUACUUAUGCAAAACCAGUCUUCCACAAAUCACCCUGGAGCCAGCAUUGCACUUGCAAGAUCACCUCUGAACAAGGAUUUCCGUGAUCAUGCUGAGCAACAGCACAUCGCAGCACAACAGAAGGCUGCACUGCAGCAUGCACAUGCACAUUCCUCAGGAUACUUCAUAACUCAAGACUCUGCAUUUGGAAAUCUUAUUCUUCCGGUCUUACCUCGACUUGAGGCAGAAUGAGGAAUCUUGUUUCUCAGAACUGCAAGGUCUGAUUUUGGCCAUACCAGGAACUGCCUGACCUUUGAUUUCUUUACUUAUCUUAAAACCUAAUUUUUUCUGGAUUUCUGCGGUUGCCUUUUGGGAGUGUGAAUCCUAGCGAUGAAAAAGCAAUGUUAUUGAACAGUGAUUUUUACCUUGUAUUUCUGUUCCUUUGUCAGGUCAAAAUCAGACAUAAAACUUCCUUGAUGCGUGAAGUGCAUAGCAAUUGCUCUUCCCUAUUUCUGUGCUUCCUUUAAAUAAAUUUCAAACCAGAGUCAUCAAGAGAUGUACACUCUAUCA